AAACUUCCUCUGACUACAUUACAUAUCCAGAGAGUAUAUCAGGUACCUCAUACCCUCUUAGUCCACCGCAAAUAAUAGACGUUCAAACUUAUGAUGACGGAACAAUUCUUGUCAGUAUUGCACGAGAAAUUUCACAAGACAAACAAGGAACAGGAAAUCCAGUGCAAUCAUAUAAUUGCACGGGACAGAAGUUAGAGCAAGUAUUACGGCUAAGAUUAAUUCAAUUAGAUGGAAGCAUUAAAGAAAUUAAUCCCCAGUUGAACCUUGAUCCUAUAAAUUAUUGUAUAUUUAAUGAUUCAUAUGGGAAUCCAGUGAAUCCUAUUUCGAUAUUUCCUUUAUAUAAACCGUAUAUUCUAAUAAAUUAUGUGAAAGCCCCAGAUUUAAAUAAUCCUAAAACUUAUGAAGAGUGGGGAAAUGUCAUUGAUUGGAAUGGUAGAAAUAUAAGUGAAGUGCAUUAUGGUCCGUCUUACAGUUACUAUCCUAAUGGCAAUUCUUCUAUAACUCCGAUUUGGAGUCCACGAAUUGACCCGCAUGCUAUUAGUUCUAAUGCUUCUUACAUGAUCACGACAAUAGCCACUAUCACUGGCGACUAUGCAAUACUGAAUGUCAACUCGACAUUGGCAGCGAACAACACUUUAUCACUAACCACACUAGCCGGAUUGUAUAUGACCAUUAUACCUUAUAAUCAGUCAGUCUCAAAUGACCAAGUUCUUCUAUAUCAAUUAACUUUACCCAAUUUAACUUUUAUUGGACUUUAUUGUGAUAUAGCACCUAGUAGUAUCGGUUAUAUAUGUAUAAUUGAAAUUAGUCUUAAUAUAACGCAAUCGACCUAUAUAAAAGUUAAAUUUUUAACAUCCGCAUCAGUGACGAAGAUUGAUUUAUUAUCCGAUAUGCCUGACCUUAGCACAACUGGGAUCAUAUCUCAAGGCCUUGGAAUGCAAGCAAUGGCAUUCGGUGGUUAUAUAUUGUAUGCCAUGAAUCAAAAAUAUGAUUAUUAUAUUUGGAAUUAUGAUGAAGACAAUAACAAAAAAGGACAAUUAGGACCUUAUGCUACAAAUAGAUAUGCAGCAAAUGCUCUUUAUAAUAAUAUUAAUCAGAAUAAUCUCAAUGCCGCAAAUGGAAUUAUGAGAAAUAAUAAUACUUUUAUACUCGCGUCAUCCACUACACUGACUUCGUGGUCUCUGUACAAGAUUCCAUUACCUACGGUUAUACCUGAUAGUGGUUACGGUAAUCUUCAAGUAAUUAAAAUUGAUCCACCACCCAUCAAUACAACACUUACGAAUAGUAGUGGCACUAUCAAUGCAACUACAAAUUCUUUAACCAUUACCUUUUUAAAUCCUGUUAUUUUGUCAAACGGCUAUAUCUCUAUUUACAAAGAUUCUGACAAAACAAUGAGGCAAAAAAUUUCUGCAUCAAUGAAGGAUUAUGUUAGAAUUAUAAAUGAUAAUCAUACGAUUGUCAGUAUAGACAUUAUUGGCAGCACAUUCAAUCAAUACGGUGAAACUUAUUACGUACAGAUGGAUGCUAACUUUGUCAGAGAUGAAAAGCUCUAUGAACCUUUAACAGGAAUUGAUGAAGAUAUUGUGAUGUACAAAUCAAGUAAUAUUUUCGUAAAAAAAGCACGUCCUUCAGAGGAAGCUGCAAUCUAUGAUGCUCGUCUCACUGUAGUGGCAUCAAAAGCAUUUAACAAUCUUGCUGAAGCCAAUCAAACACAAUACUUUAAAAGUCUAUUACAAGAUAUUGCUACAAAGUUACCAUGCCGACCUGAACUUCUAUCUACAUAUGGAUCCCCUCGUUAUUCUAUGCAAAAUAUUCAAUUUUCUAUCCGUGUAAAUAAAACAAAUCCAAAGCUAGAUAAAAAUUAUACAGUUCCAGCGAUUGUCUCAGAUAUAGAUGAUAUGAUCAUAAAUAAGAAAGUUACCAGAUUUUCAGAUGGUGUUACAAACGAUUUAGAUGAAACUUUUGGUUUUCAAAGGCCAAAUAGUAUACUGGGUGAUUAUAAAGACAAAAUUAUUCCUUUUGUAUCUGCAGCAGCAGCGAACGCUGUACUUUACUUAGCAUCUAGAUCCAAUAAGCCUGUACCUGACCAAUACAAACAAAUGUUGAAUACAUUCACAGCUGGAUUAUUCACAGCCUCUCAUACAAGUUUAUCAAGUAUAUUCUCAUUUCAAGAUGUUAACAAUUACCCGGUAUUCAGCUUGUCAAGUAAAAUCUUCUGGAUUACUCCACUAAUAAUAAAUAUCACAGUGUUUACCUAUAUUAUGUGCAAAGGGGGAUUCAAUGGAAAAAAGAUUAUGAAUUUGAUACUUAUUGUUUUAUCAUUAUAUAAUAGUGAAACUUUGCUACUUAUAAACCAAAACCAACUUAAAGAAAUGUUUGGUAAAGAUUUUGAGGCUACAGCUAAAUAUAGAGGUUUUGCUGAUAUUUUACUUAAAAGUAUUCCACAACUAAUUACUCAGGAAGGAGAGGGAAAAAAUGAAAAGGGAGAUAAAAAUAAGGAAAAUGAGAAAAAUGAUGAAAAGAAAAGUAAUAAUAACGGAGAAAUUAUCGAGAUCGAAGC